AUGCGGGGAACCUCUAUCGUGUCUCUCGCCGCCUUGGCUGCUCUGCCAUGCGCCAAUGCCAUCACUCUUCACAAACGGAACGAUCCCGCAGUCUAUGGACUCCCGAUUGUCCGCAGUGAGCGGUCCAAAGCGUUGCACAAACGCGGUUCCAAUUUCGCCAGCACAUCAUUAUAUAAUGUGCAAAACAUGUAUUACAUGGUGAACAUUACCGUCGGUACUCCAGCCCAGAAUCUUUCUCUCAGUCUCGAUACCGGCAGUAGUGAUAUCUGGGUUAAUGUCCCGAAUUCCACCUACUGUGCGACAGAUGAUGAUCCCUGCUCCUCGACUGGCUUGUUCAAAUUGGAGGAUUCCUCUUCCUUCAAGAUGCUAGAUUAUGAGAUGAACGCCACCUAUGUCUCAGGUUUCUUGGCUAAGGGUCCCUACGCCACUGACACGCUAGUGAUUGGAGGCGCCACGGUGAAGAAUAUGCAAUUUGCGGUGGCUGAAGAAAGCCUCAAUCCCCACGGUAUUCUGGGAAUUGGAUACGCAACAAAUACUGAUGCUGCCAGUGAGGGCCACAAGUAUCCCAACCUUCCUGAAGCCUUGGUGGACAGCGGUGCUAUCAACUCAGCGGCCUAUAGCUUGUGGCUCAAUAAAUUCGAUGGCACGGGGAACCUUCUUUUUGGAGGUGUUAACAAAGCGAGAUAUCAAGGCGAGCUCCAAACCGUGCCUGUCUUGCCGGUAUACGCGCAAUACUAUUCUCUGACCAUCGCCUUGACCGAUAUUUCUGUCAAGAGCACCAGUGGCACGAAGAGCUAUGCAACCGGUCUUCCAUUGGCAGUCACUUUGGAUAAUGGAAGCGCUUUUAUCUUGCUGCCCCAGGAAUUGGUAGAUCCCAUCUACAAGGAACUCGGCGCCGGUUAUUCCGAGAGUGACAGCGCCGCCUAUAUCCCUUGCAAUAUGUCCACCGCCGAUUACAACGUGACUUUUAGUUUCUCAGGCGCCACUGUGAAUAUUCCCAUCAGCGAACUUGUGUUUGACUCAUACACUGCGGCUGGGUUCGCCGAUGGCGACUGUGUCUUCGGACUUUCUUAUAGUGAGCCCGGAGUGAACCUAAUGGGAGACUCGUUCUUGCGUAGCGCGUACGUGGUCUACGACCUUGCCAAUAAUGAGAUUUCACUCGCGAACACCAACUACGACGGGGGCGAUGACGAUAUUCUUGAGAUCGGCACAGGAACAGCUGCUGUGCCGGGCGCGACGCUCAUGCCCAAUCCUGUCACCUCAGCGACGGGUAAUGGGGCAGCCAGUGCAACUGUCACGGCCAUGUUGACUUCGGGAUCCGAGGCGGGUGGAACCACAGUAUAUGCCACUGGUACUGUAACUGCGACUGCGACUGGAUUGACUAAGAGUGGUGAUGCUUCUAGCACAUCCUCUAAGGGAUUAGCGUUGCCUACCAGCAAGCCGAACCAUCUUCUACCUGGUCUUUUGGGUGCUGGCUUGCUGCUGGCAUUAUAA